AUGAGGAGAGUCCUUUGGGAUUGUGUAGCAGUCAUUCUACUGGGAGAUCUGGUGACUUCUAGAGAACCUGAAAUAAGAAACAAUGUGAGUAUACAGAUUAUCAAUUUCAAUUUUGAACGGACACAAGUUAAGUGGAAUGUCAGUGACUAUUUGAUGAAGAAGAAUUUAACUUUCCUUUAUGGAUUGGACAAAGCUUCACCUUCAAAACAGUGUCCUCACUACAUUCUUGAUCAAGGUUAUACUGUUGGAUGUGUUUUUAAGACUGGAGACCAGAAGCUGACUUAUUUACUCAAGGGAGAAGAUAGAAUUAUUGAAAGAAAAAAUGUGAGGCUUAGAAAUUAUUUAAAACCCAACUCUCCAACCAAUUUGAAUUUUACAUGGAGAGAAGACUCAGUUACAAUAAGAUGUCCUGAAUUAUCCAUUGAUGGUUUAUCCUAUGAAAUUCAUUACAAAAGUACCUUUGAUCAAGAAUGGCAGCUCAACAGGAACAAAACAUGUGACAUUAAAAUUGAUGGCUUGAAUUCUGAGAAGUGUUAUUUCUUCCGGGGAAGAGUAACAACAAGAAUGGCUCUUUAUGGCAGUAAGACAUACCCUAGUGAUUGGUCCCCUGUAACACAUUGGAGGAGGAGCAAACUGGAAGAUUCAUGUUCUAAUAAUGCAGUUGAAAAACUCUCCCCAAAAUAUAUCUACCUAAUUACUAGUCUGGUUAUCCUCCUAGCAAUAUUCCUUCUCUUUUUGUUUUUGAGGAAAUCAGCAAGAAUUAAGAAAUUAUUCAUGCCUGUUGUACCUGAUCCCAAAUAUUCUUUUCCUGGCCUAUUUGAUUAUCACAAGGGAAACUUUCAGGAGUGGAUCCAGGAUACAGAAAACGUGACUAGCCCAAAUAAAGUAGAACAUUUGGAGCAGGAAUGUGUUAUUGAAGAAGGACUUAUAGAGGAACUUACCAAGAAAGAGACCAAGGACAAAGAGGGGAAAUCCAGUCAGGAAUACCCACAACUGAAUGAAGACAAUCUGAGCUCUAAUCAAGCCCCUGCUGGCCCACCUCAAGGCAGUACUACUAUUUGUCUAGGUGAUCUUAAGUUUGUUAUGAACGAUAACAUGUAUGUUGUAUUAUGA